AUGACUAAUACGACUGAAAAGUUUUUUGCCGAAGUGAAUACUUUAUAUAAUUCUCGAGAUAAAGCAAGAAGGGAGCAGGCUGACUCUUGGCUACAAGCUUUUCAGAAGACGUCGGAAGCUUGGGCAAUAUCAAAUCAAGUAUUAAGAUCUCCCCAACUAACACCUGAAUCGGAAGCAGCGCGUCAUUUUGCGGCAGAACUACUCUACCAAUACCGUUCCGGUCCUCGAUUGAUUGUCACACAAUUAUGUCUUUCCUUGGCAUGUCUAGCUCUUCAAAUGCCUGAAUGGCAAAAUGUUUUACAUCAGUUUACAGAAUUAUAUGGUAAGAACCAAGAAACUGUAAAUUGUUUGCUCGAGUUUCUUAAAGUAUUACCAGAAGAGAUCAACACAAAUAAUCGGAUACCUAUAUUGGAUGAAGAUUAUCGCGUGCGAUCCAAGCAAUUGUUGACCGAUAAUUCAAACGAAGUAUUACAAAUCCUUUUGGUUUAUUUACAAAAUUCGGGUACAAAUACUGAUUAUCAAAAAAAGGUGUUUGAAUGUUUUCAUAGUUGGUUACAGUCUGGCGAUAUUGCAAUAAGUUCUUUGAAGAAUAAUCCAUUUUUAGGUCUUUCAUUUGAUGCUUUACAAUCAGAUGAUUUGUAUGAUAUUGCGGUGGAUGUUGUAUGUGAAAUAAUUUUUGAAACGCAGGAGAUUCCUGAAUCAAUGCCAGUAAUUGAGCAAAUAUAUCCGCGGUUAUUGCCUUUAAGGGAGGCGUUAAAAAGAGCGAUGGAUGAAGAUAAUGAAGACAGAGUGCGAGGAUAUUGUAGGAUAUUCACGCAUGCCGGUGAAUCAUAUUUAGAUCUUAUAGUACAACAUGCUGAUGAUUUCAGAAGUAUUGUAGAAAGCAUAGUUGAAUGUACUGCCUAUCACGAUACAGAAAUAGUUAGGAUAACCUUUUAUUUCUGGCAUCGUUUAGCUGACACAUUGUAUCAACCACGCCAUGCGAACAUUAAAGAUAAAUUUAAGGAUAUAUAUUCAAAUUUGGUUGAUAUUAUGAUCAAACAUUUACAUUAUCCCAAAGAUCUUACAACUUGGUCGGCCGAGAAACGCGAUGAAUUUCGUGAAUUUCGGCAUGUAAUGGGUGAUGUUCUUAAAGAUAGCUGUCUCAUUUCUGGAUCUGCGGAGUGCCUAUCAAAACCAUUUACUACUCUAGCAAGACAACUUGCAAAUUCGGUAAACGGGACUGUAGAUUGGCAAGAAAUUGAAGCGCCACUGUUCUCUUUGCGAGCUAUGGGGUCAGAAGUGGAGGAUGAAGAAGAUGUUUAUUUACCACAAAUUAUGCAACUUUUGCAACAGUUGCCAGAUCAUCCAAAAAUUCGUUAUGCGGCUACUUUAGUGAUAUCUAGAUAUUCUUAUUGGACAAGGCAUCAUCCACAAUUCAUUCCAUAUCAAUUGAAUUUUAUUUCCUCCGGAUUUGAUAAUGAAGAAGUGUCUGCUGCUGCUGCAUUGGCAUUGAAAUACCUAUGCAAAGACUGUAGUGAGUUGCUGAUUGAAUAUCUUCCACAACUUCAUCAUUUCUAUUUCAAUGUUACAAAUACGCUUCAUGGAAUAGAUUUAUUUGAAGUAACAGAGGCAGUUUCCCAUGUCGUUGCCGCUGUUCGUCCAGCGGAAUUAUUGGAAGCAUUACAAAUGUUUUGUCUUCCAAUCGCACGGUACUUGCAUGAAUUUGCCAAUAAAGGUUCUGCUGCUACCGACAAGGAAAUUAGGGAUGCUUGUGAUAAACUUGAACAGUUUUCAAUAAUUAUAAGAGUCAUUGCUGAUUCCAGAAAAGAGACCAACACGAUAGAUGUAAAUGCUGGUCUAGUUCAUCCUUGUAUUACCAUUAUAAAAGAUUUAUGGCCUGUGUUUGAUUUACUUUUAGUACAGCCACUGCUUCCUGACCUGAUGGAGCGUUUGGUUACAGUAUUUGGUCAAACACAUUUGAGUUGCUAUUUAUGGGUUGCAACUAAGUGUGUUCAGGAAUAUUCAGAUGAUGAAGGGACCGAAAUGACGAUGGCAAUGAUAUCGUUUGUCGAAAGAUUAAGCGUAACGAUGUUUAGUCUUUUAAAUGGAAAAAAAUCUGCCGAAAUUCCGGAUGUAAUUGAAGAUUAUUUCCGUCUUAACAUUGCGUUAUUCGAGAGCACACCUAUCACCUUUUCACAAUCGGCCGUUUUUCUAUCAGUUUUUCAAGCUGGACUUACAUGCCUAACAAUUCAACAACAUGAUGCAUUAUUUUCUAUCAUUGUAUUUUUUCAUAAGUUGCUUAAUUUUAGAGCGAAUCCAAAACAGAAACAAAAACAGAAAAAUUCACCUGGUACACCAACUGUUCCUAUCACAUCUACGUCAGCUACAGAAGCUAAUUUGAAUGCAGCUUUAUCGAUCCAUGAUUCGUUAUGGAAACAAUAUGUUACAUCAUUCCUUGAAAAUAUAUUCAAAGGACUCAUGUACACAUUUCCGAGAGAUAUUCAACAUAUUGAAAUUCAUGAAAUAUUGAUGUUUUUGUCUAAAAUAUAUCCAUUGGAAUGUCAACAACGGAUAUCAGAGAUCAUUCAAAACAUACAAGAUUCGAAUUUAACAUCGGAAGCAAAGAAUGGUUUUAUAAGGGAUUACAAUUCAGCAAUACGAGGACAAGAUUGGAGUAGACUACGACGAAUCUCCAAUGAUUUUAUCGCUGUCUUUAGGCGGAGAUAUCUAGCUUCUAGGCAACGUCGGGAUAAUGAAUAA